AAGGAUCACCAGGUGUACUGACACUCUGUAAAGUAUUGACACAACUAGAUUUGACAUCUAGUACUCAUUCUACAAUAGAAGAUCUACAGAUCCUUGUGAAACAAAUGUCUAUGGUAGUUGAUGACAAAGCUGCUAAGAAGCUGGUGCAGAAAUUUGAGACUCAGCUGAACCAGUUAGCAGAGAAAGAGGAAAAGCAAAGCAAUGAAAUAAAAACACCAGCAGCUGAGCCUGCAGAGAUCGAGACGAGCAAAGAUGAUGAGAAAAAGAAGUCUGAAAAAGAGAAUGAACAUCAGGCAAUGUCCUCUGAAGUCACUAUCACAGUAGAUGAACCUCCUCCCACGCCGACAACCCAGAAACCAACACCGGAUAUCCUAACAAGUAUAGAAGAGUCAGCUGCAGACCACACACCAAAGAGACAGACCAGAAGUAAAGGUAAGAACAAAGCCGGCAUAACAUUCCUUGGUUCAACUAGUAAGACAUCCUCUCUGAAAAGCAAAAGCAGUAAAGGUUCUAUACCUAUGGAAGAUGACAGUUGCAGUGACUUGGAGAAUGAUGUUUUUGUAACUCCAGCUCCACCAUCCUGUACUGUAACCAAGAAACAACCAUCAACACGAAAAUCACAACGAAAAUCUAAACCUCAAAAAGAGCUAGAUGUGGAAUCUCCAGUUGCAACUCGACGAAGCACUCGGCACAGCAGCCAACAAAAGACUGAUGCCAAAGCCAAAUUGGUACAGCUGUUGUCUGAUAGUGAUAGCCAUGCUGAUGACGAGCCAGAUCUUAAUAUUAAGAGGAGAACCAGAAGGAGCAAAACACUCUCUUCCAAGAGUUACAAAGUAUAGGGACUAGGUUCACCAGUUAACACUGCCAUACUGUACAAUACAAUAGACUAAUCCUCUAUUUCAGUAUUGACAUUUAUUGAACAAAAACUUGUUAAUACUGAAAUAUUUUGGUUGUUUGCAUCUAAAUUUAUUUGAUUACAUUUUUCUAUAUCAGUUUUAUUUUUCUGUCUUCUUGUUUCUAUUGGAUUAAUUUUGAUGUAUCUAUGACUACAAGUCAUUUUUAUAUUUGCUAUAUUCCAUAUUAAAAUCAUAGACCCAUCA